UUCUCACCAAGUUUAGCAUAUCAUCUUCUCCUUAGCGACCAAGGAACUCACUCGUGUACUUAUUAAUUAAGAAAGUUCCACACCCCAUAUAGUUGAAUUACUUUGGUACUCAACACAGAGAGAAGAGAACAGAGAAAGGAAAUUAAGAUGGGAGCUGAUUGGGGACCCAUAAUUGUUGCAGUGGCUUUGUUCAUCCUCUUAUCUCCUGGGUUGUUGUUCCAAAUUCCAGCAAGGAUUAGGUUUGCAGAGUUUGGCAACAUGACCACUAGUGGGAUUUCAAUUUUGGUUCAUGCUAUUAUAUACGUUUGUAUAAUGACCAUCUUGAUUAUUGCAAUAGGCAUUCACGUACAUUUUACUUAGCUGAAACAAAAAUUAACCUUGGGCAUGAUAAAUCUGCCAUAGGUAUCUUUCCCAUUUUUUUUGCUCUUUUGAUGUAUUAUUUUCCUUUAUUUUCUUCUGCGGUGCUGUACUAUUGAUCAAUUGUUCAAACUGAAAAAAAGAGAUAUAGCUAUAGAAAUUAUGUCUUGUUUUGCUGCAUAAUUUCAGUUGUUUUUCUCUUGCUUGCUCUGUAUAAAUUUUGCAGACCAACGUUGUAAAAGGAGCUACUUUUAUGAUUUUUACAUGAAACUCUGU